AUGUCGCAUCGUCGUACAUCAAUGGAUCAGCUAAAGCAUCGAAUUUUUCGGAGGAAGAGCGCUAGUCUUACAAAAAUUGAACUUGAUGGCAGAAAGAAUAAUGAAGAGGUGGACGAUAAUGAGGCGAAAAAUGCAGCAUCAGGUUCGAAAACAUGGACAAACUCAAUGGGACGUUCGUUAUUGCGAAGAUUAAACGCUUUUCGGAGGGACACCAGUGAUAAUGAAAGUUCCGUUGUUUCGAAGUCAAUACCGGAGCGGGUCAAUGUUAUCCAGCUUCGGAAUUCUUCAUCACACCGGAACACUCCUUCAAAUACCGUAAGGUAA